AUGUUGGCCUUCAUUAGACAAUAUGCUGGCCUUUAUUGGCAUCAGUUUACAACACAGGUGUUGAAAAAGAAAGUAAAAUUGGUGGAAGAUUACACGCUGCAAUGCAGAAAUGAUGACUUCCAGAAUCUAACUAGGAAAACAAUGCCCCAAAGUAGCAGCGAGUGCCGGACAAGCUGUGUCGAUGAGCAUGUAAGGAGGAAAUCACUGAAGCCAGGUGAUUUAACAGGCACCAUGCUGUCUGCAAACAAGCCUUCUAACUUUUCUUCCUCAAAGCAGUGUAACAAACUGCAAGAUGUCCUGGAUAGAGUCGACCACAAUAGAAUCAUUCAAAAAAGGUCAGAAGAAAUGAUGUCAUCUCAGAAACAAGCAUCAGUGCAUUUGAAUGUAGAUCUGAACAGAGUUCAGGACAGAGGUCUCUAUACCAGGGCUCGUACAAAGCAGACUGCCCAGAAAUCGACCGGUGGUAAAGCACCGAAGAAGCAACUGGCUACAAAAGCCGCUCGCAAGAGUGCGCCCUCUACUGGAGGGGUGAAGAAACCUCAUCAUUACAGGCCUGGCACUGUGGCACUCCUUGAAAUUAGAUGUUAUCAGAAGUCCAUGGAACUUGUGAUUGGCAAACUUCCCUUCCAGCGUCUGGUGAGGGAAAUUGCUCAGGACUUCAAAACAGAUCUGGGCUUCCAGACUGCAGCUAUUGGGGCUUUGCAGGAGGCAAGUGAGGCCUAUCUGGUUGGCCUUUUGGAAGACACCAACCUGUGUGCUAUCCAUGCCAAACAUGUAACAAUUAUGCCAAAAGACAUACAGCUAGCACGCCGCAUACGUGGAGAACGUGCUUAA